GAUCUUCACUCGUUCGCUACUGCUGUGGAAUAAAAUCCGGACUCCUCAGCAUGGCGUGAAGGCCCUGCAGGAUUGGGGCCAGUCCCACUCGCGGCAGCUCUCCUGACCAUUGGUGCUGCUCCCUCACCGAGGAGCUCGCCCCCAGGACUGCUUGCUGUGCCCCAGGCCAACUGUAACGUCUCCAUAGCCCCUGCCCCCUCUGUACCUGGCAUGCUCCCGCUAGUCCUCAAGGCCGGAACAGCAAAUGCGUCUUCCUUUGGGAGGCCUUUCCUGGUCACGGUCACUCUCAGCCAUCCUCCCAGAGCACCUUGGACUUUCUGGAUUAUAGCGCUUCAUGUAUAGAGUCAAAAGGAGCCGCAUGUCUCUAGGGGAGGAGGUCAUGCCAAAGGCUCUGAGAGAACAGCCCCAGCCAAGGUGGGAAGGAGGCGGGGACUCGACAGCCUUUGGUGAUUCUCUUGGGCUGGGGUGGCUGCACAGACAAGAACCUUGCCAAGUACAGCGCCAUCUACCACAAAAGGGGCUGCAUUGUGAUCCGAUACACAGCCCCAUGGCACAUGGUCUUCUUCUCCGAGUCCCUGGGCAUCCCUUCACUUCGUGUUUUGGCCCAGAAGCUACUUGAGCUCCUCUUUGAUUACGAGAUUGAGAAGGAGCCCCUACUCUUCCACGUCUUCAGCAACGCCGGGGUCAUGCUGUACCGAUACGUGCUGGAGCUCCUGCAGACCCAUCGGCGCUUCUGCCACCUGCGUGUGGUGGGCACCAUCUUUGACAGCGGUCCUGGUGAUAGCAACCUGGUGGGGGCCCUGCGGGCCCUGGCAGCCAUCCUGGAGCACCGGCCUGCUGCGCUGCGCCUGCUGCUCCUGGUGGCCUUCGCCCUGGUGGCAGGCCUGUUCCAUGUCCUGCUCGCUCCACUCACGGCCCUCUUCCAUACCCACUUCUAUGACAGGCUACUCGAUGCAGCCUCUCGCUGGCCCGAGCUGUACCUGUACUCAAGGGCUGAUGAAGUGGUCCUAGCCAGGGAUGUGGAACGCAUGGUGGAGGCCCGCCUGGCACACCGGGUCCUGGUGCGCUCUGUGGACUUUGUGUCAUCUGCACAUGUCAGCCACCUCCGUGACUACCCUACUUACUACACGAGCCUCUGUGUCAAUUUCAUGCGCAGCUGUGUCCACUGCUGAGGUCCUUGCCCCACCCACCUCACCUCUGCACCAGAAAUAAAUGCCUGACACCCCCUCACAACCUGUAUCCA